AUGGAAAUUAGAGAGUUAGAGAUGAUAAAGAAGGGGCCAUGGAGUAGUGAGGAAGAUGAGGUGCUGUUGAGACACGUCAGCAAAUAUGGCCCUCGGGAAUGGAGCUCCAUUCGAUCCAAAGGCUUGUUGCCCAGAACAGGAAAAUCUUGUCGCCUUAGAUGGGUUAACAAACUUAGACCCAACUUGAAGACUGGAUGCAAGUUUACAGCAGAGGAGGAAAGGUUGGUGAUAGAAUUGCAGGCACAAUAUGGGAACAAAUGGGCCAAAAUUGCAACGUAUUUGCAAGGGAGAACCGACAACGAUGUGAAAAACUUCUGGAGCAGUAGGAGGAAAAGGUUGGAGAGGAUGUUGCAGAAGCCACCAGCGUCAAAGCCAAAGAAAAACAAAGGAAAAGCUCAUCUUAAUCAAGUGCAACAAGUGGAAGAAAUGGUUCCACCAUGCAGUUCCAAUCAGGUGGAGGAAAUUCUAUCUUACGCUACUUCCUAUAUGGGAAACACUCUAGUGUUCGAGAUGAUCAACCUACAAGAUUUGAUAAAGCCAAACUAUCAACAGUUGGAAAAUGAUUAUCUGAGUGCAGUUGAGGUUGAUGCCACCCCACUUCACACAGUUCCAUCGUUUGAGUCUUCAUCAGGGUACAACUUCCCUCUACUCCCUGAACCUGAACCACUCUUGGACUUUCCACUGUUCCCAGAGUGCCAGGACCUUGUUCCUGAGCCCUUUGACCCAAACUUUGUUUAUGGGUUCGAGGAGAAAAAAUGUUUACAAUGUGCAUGCAGCAGUAGCCAGAAGCUUGGGACCAGGUUGCCAACUUUCGGAUUGGAAGGAAAUUCUCAAAGUGCAAGUUCAAAUGGCUUUUUCAAGGACUUCCCUAGCGAGAUUUUUGAAUACUUUGAGCACAUUCCAACCUCAUCAGAUCAAUGA